AUUAUCGAACUGGAAAUCUGGGCAGGCUUCUUAUUAUACGUUGAGUUGUUUAUAAGUAUCACAAUUACACUAUGUCAUUCAGUGAUACAUUUAAAGUACGUAAGAAAUAUUUAGGAUAUAUUUGUAUGUAAGCAAUACGUGCAAACACCGAGUAACCUCCAAGUACCAUGAACAUUCUAUCCUGUUGCUAAGGACUCGCAAUAUUUCCACACGGCUGUCUCUCCGAGCACCUGGUUUGAAACCUGACAUUAUUGGUCAAAAUGGGAGAACCACCUUUAACACAAAAGUACAUGAAAGAGCUUAUACAUGACCUGAAGGCUUCGAAAUUAUAUACUGACUUACAGAAUGCAGCACAGGUAGAAGUUGCUAAAACACACCUGAGGUUAUCUGAUGUGAGGAAAGGUGUUCAAACAGGACUGGUUAACUCGGGAUGGGACAGGAAGCUGAGGAAUGCAAUUUUCAAAUACAUCCAGUGUCAUCCAAAGAUACCCUACCCUCUACCUCCUGCAGAUCACAUGAAAGAACCGUUGUUGUACCUUAGAAAGGCACAGCAAAACUGGGAAAAACGAAUUUUGAAAAGUCUAAACAGUAUGUGUACGGAACUGAACAUGCCUCUAGCCAGGAAGAGACCAGAAAAAGAGCAGCGAGAUAUUAUCCACAGAUGGACAGAACUUGGGACAGACGGUCCAGAUUUGACCCAGAUUCGUCCUGUUUAUGCACCGAAAGAUUUUCUUGAGGUCAUCAUAGGAUUGUCAAAUCCAAAUUAUCACAACGGUGACGCCCCAGGGUUUCAUCAUCUCUGGGGAAUAGUACAAGUUCCUCUUAAAGUCAAAAGCAUUAAUAAACUGAGGUUACAGUACAGUGAUAUGGCAAUCAAUCAAGGUCAAUCUGGGAUAGACGACUUCGGAGACAUUCCCCCAGAGUUGUUCGAGUCGGACAAGAUGAAGAUUGGAAAGAAAGUGGUAAAUGCAUGUCACGGUCCACUGGCCCAGGAGUUCUCCAAGAAAGGAUGUCCUACUUGUCUACGGGCUACGUUGUGGUGCCAGAUGUUGGGGGUGGAGAUCGACGAAGAAGACAUUUUGUAUUAUGAACAAUUGAAAGUCAACGUUCAGCAACACGACCUUCUUGUUGACAGUCUACUAUAUAAGGAUGUUAAGCUGACUGCCACAAAUGAUGACCAGUACUUUGUUUUUGAAGACUUCCUGUACCAGGUCCUCCUGCCAUUUUCAAGGGAUACAUGUGUUCUUAAACACUUCGCUCAGAACAGUGCCACACCUCCAAAAUCUUAUAUACGGGGGAAAAUGGGACAAGAGGAGUAUGCAGUCGUUUACCCGCCAAAUGGAGUAAUUCCGUUUCACGGGUUUGCUAUGUAUGUUGCACCUCUCUGCUACGUAUUCAACGAGCCGGUUUGCCUUUACUACGUCUUCAAAGAGCUGUACUGCAGAUACUUCUUUCGUUUACACAGUAUCUCAUCUCAUCCCCAGGGGAUAUUAGCAAUCAGUCUGCUGUUCGAAUCUCUACUUCAAAUCCACGAGCCUGAACUUUACUUCCAUCUGAAGACAGUUGGAUGUCAUCCAUUGAAGAUUUCUUUUAAGUGGCUUGUUCGAGCCUUUUCUGGCUACCUGUCUAGCGACCAAGUGUUACUGCUAUGGGACCGAAUACUGGCACAUUCUUCUCUGGAAAUAUUGGCUGUUCUUGCUGUGGCGAUAUUUUCUUUCCGGAAAACAAAUCUGAUGAAGGUUCAGUCAUACAAUGCUGCUGAGGCAGUCCUCGCUGAUUUGACGACUCUACAAGUGAUCCCUCUGAUACAGCUCAGCCUAUUUUCAAAAUAAUGCAGCAAUACACUCAACAGGUCGAUGUCAUGAAUGCACGCUGAAAUCAGACUGAUACAGGCACGAAGCAUGUUGGUAAAAUGCUGUAAUAGACUUGUCAGUGCCGUUUCAUAUUAAGUGUAGGGGUGUGAGGAUCAUGAACAGAUACUUUUUGGCAGGUUUAACCGUUAAACGACCCCUUCAGUUUGUAAAUAUAUUUCGACAUAGACAUCGCUGUAUUUGUCUAAUACGAUACCAAUACAGUAAAUGUCUAUGUUAGUUGUGGCAUGUAUACGUAUUUAAUAGUCAUCUGGAGUCAGAUGUUCUGAAAUAAUUUACCCCGUGAAAUAUGAUGAAAGAUAAACCAUUUUAUUUACUAUGUGAACGAUUUAUUGCAAACACGUAAGAUAGAAUAUGAUAAAAACAUAAGAUGUCAUUGUUUUAUCAAAGACAUUGUAUUAAGACCAGUUUCAACGCGACAAAACAAUAGUGCAGACAGAGAUUGAUACGACUUCCUGUACAUCUGUUAAUGCAACAUUUUUAAAUCUGGAAAUUUUAAAAUGAACGUUUGUCUUCACACUAAUUAUAGAAACAACAUUUUGCUCUGAGACUUACAAAUACACAUGAUUAAUAGCAAUCCAUUUUGUUUAAUAAGUGUUAUAAAGGAAUUAUGCACCUUUUCCUCUAAUGAUGACAGGUUUGAAGAUUUUUUAUACAAUUUGCUGUCAUCAAUGAAUUAUUUGCAAAGUAUUGCAGAAAAAAAUGGGCAGCGAUUAAAGUGUACCCUGAAUGAUUUGCUUUAUUACGUUCAGACAAUAUGUCAUAUUUUACAAGACACGGCUAAAAAGCGAAUGUCGUUAUACAGUGUAGCCUUUGUUUACGAGAUAUUGCGUUCUUUUCCCUGAAACAACACACCGCUGUCUCAGCGGCGAUCACAUAUGUGAAGUCACAAGUGAAUAAUGGUACAAUCAUUUAUAUUUCGUUCAGGGUACACUUAAAAGUCUUUAUUUUCAUUUAUAUCAUAGACAUUGAAUCGAGUCGUGCGUGAUUUCAGCUAGAAACAAUGCACCUCUGCCAUGUAUGUUAGGGUUACUUUGUUUUGCAAAGUUUUUAAAGUUGUACAUUACAUUGUGUGUUUCAUCAUUUCCACUGCAACAUACGAAUUAAUAAAUCAUUUGUAUAGCUGAAAUUAAAUGUAACACAAUGAAGGCAUAUUUUCAUUCAAACGAGAGCUCUAUUGUUUGCAAAAUAUAAAACGUUUUUAUUUUUGUUCCAAGAAAGGCAGUUUUAGUGUGGUAACGUACGUGUCAUUUUGAUGUACAUUCUGUUUUGUGCAAUGGAAUACGAAUCAAAUAACGUUUGAACGUCAGCCGGAAGUAUCUGCACACUGUUGACAUUGACGUUAGAUAGACACAAAUGUAUAUCACUAUCCUGGCGUAAUUUGAUUGUACACAAGGGUACAUUUUAUCAUGUAAUACACUCACAACUGUAGACUUAUACGAAGGACAUUUUCACACUUAUGUACUUCAUUUAGGUCUCUCAAUUUGUAUUUUUGUUCAGGGAGAAGGCUGCUUUUCCGGUUACAAGUGUUUCGCAUGGCAAUAUGCAUAGAUCAUGUACUGUAACGAUUAUAACUAUACAUAUAAAACAUAACUGCUGACUCUCAUGUAGAUAUGCAAUAUGUGCUGUUUAUGAAAUGUAUUUAUUAAAAUGUGUAUUUUU